CAGGACCUACCUGGCCUGGGGGGAAGGGGUGCCACUAGAGGCAGGUAGCUGAGAUGGGGCUCUCUGCUGAGGAGCUAGAGGCCACUGCAGAAGAAGUACUGGGGAGGCUGAGGAGCCGGCAGCUGUUCCAGUCAGAAUGGGACAUCGCUGCCUUUGUGGUCUUUCUCACAUUUGUGGGGACUGUGGUGUUGUUGCUGUUGCUGGUUGUUGUCCAUUGCUGCUGUUGCUGCUGCUGCAGCGCCUCCCCCAGGCCCCGGAAGGUGAGCCCCUGGAAGGAAAAGCCCAAGGGCGUGGAUAACUUGGCCCUGGAACCUUAAUGCUAGCUUGCCCUUGGCAUGGGUCCUGCUGGAUGACAUUAACAGAGCCAAUGUUUGCCAAA